AUGGGCCGCAAGGGCAAGAGCGGCAAGGGGUCCAACGCCCGCCCUCAGGCAGCGGCCAAGCCCCUGCCUGCCGGCCAAGCGGCGCUGGCCGAGAUCGCCCGGGCCAAGGCGACCGCCGCAAAGACGGCCCCGCCAUCGUACAACGACACCAAGGCAGCAGACGCCAAGCGGGUGGCGCGCGCGGCCGUGGCGCCGCGGGGCGGCCUGGUCAACCCCGGCAAGGCUAACCUGUGCUACGCGAAUUCGGCGUUGCAGGCCGUGCUGUCCUGCAAGCCGCUGACGGCGCUGCUGUCCGGCCCCACCAAGCCCGGCGCCCACCCGCCCCUGCUGGCGGUGCUGGACCAGCUGCGGCGGGUGCAUCAGAGGAUUCUCAUCAGCCGGGAGCAGGGCGACGCGGCGCCGCUGGUGCGCGCGAUCUACGACCUGCGUCUCACGCUCCCGAUGAACCUGGAUGAUUUUGAGCCGGGGUUUAUGGGGAGCCCGACGCGCUUCCUCUCGGCGCUCAUGUUUGUGCUGCGCGAGACCGUCGGCGAGGGCCCCGUCGCGGAGCUGCUGCGCGCCUGCGCGCGCGGCGACGCGCGCUGCGACUCCGCGGGCUGCUCCGUCCUGGCGCCCGUUCACGGCUGCGUGGGGGCGGCGUGCGAGGGCAUCGAUGUGGACAUCUCUGCGGAGCAGAGCCUGAUGGGGUCGCUGAUCGUCGGCGUCCCCGUCAGCUUCAACUGCCUACGCGAGCGCGCGGGCGGCUGCCCGUGCCCGGGCUGCAAGGGCGGUGGGAUUGGGGCGGCGGCGGCGGCGGCGAUGGCGGCAAAGGGCCUCUGCGGACACCUCUCUCGGGACCGCAUGCCCCUCACUUAUGCCGGCCCCGUCUUGGUCGUGCGCUACACCGGGCACCCCUGGGACAAUGGGGUGACGCCGGAGGAGCUUGAGCGCAUCAUGAACGAGAAGUUCAUACCCCACAGCAUCGACGUGGCCUCGGCGAUGCCCCAUGCGCCCGCCGGCCACAGCCAGCGGUACCACCUCCGCGCAGUGACGUUUGCCUGCGGGCUGCAUUUCAAGUCGCUGGUGGCGGAGGGGCGCCUGGGUGGCGGCGUGGGCGACGCGGGCGCGCAGUGGACGCUGUGCGACGACGCCCACGUGGGGGUGUGGGGAGAUGGCUCGUAUUCAGCGAUGAUGGGCAACGCGCGGGAGGCGCGGGGCGGCAGGGACGGGAAGACGCCGAUUCUGCUGGUCUUCGAGGCGGCGAGCGGGAAGGGCGGCCCCGCGCCCGCUGUCCCGCCGCCCGCCGCGGCCGUGACGCCGCUGGCGGCGCCGGCGCAGGCGCAGGCGCCCGUCGCGGCGCGGCAGGCGCGGUGUGCGCCCCCAGUUCUGGCAGCGGUGAUGGCGGCGGCGGCGAGGCCCACAGCGACUGCGGCGGUGGCGGCGGCCGAGAAGGCCGAGAUGGCGGCGGCCCUGCGGCUGACCCUUUCUGAGGCGGCGGCGGCCAAGGUGGCCGGCGACGCCCGUGAGGCAGCAGCUACCCAGGCCGCGAUCGACCUGGUGGGCAGCCUGGAGCGGGAGGCCGCGGCGGAGCAGGCCGCGCGCCGCGCCUAUGAGGCCGCGGCCGCCUCCGAGCGCCAGGCGGCGGCGCUCGCCCGCGAGCUGCAGCAGGAGCGGGAGCGGGUGGCGGCCCGCGAGGGCGCGCUGGCCGCGGAGUGCGACGCUCUGAGGGCAGAGGUGGCCGAAGAGCAGCGGCAGCGCCAGACAGUCGCCGGCAAGGCUGCCAGCGAGUCCAGGGCGCUGCAGGCGGCUCGGGCCUACCUGCAGAUCUCAGAGGCGGAGAAGCGCGCGGCGCAGCAGCAGGCGCAGGCGUCGGCCUCGGAGGCCGCCCAGCUGCGGGGCCGCGUCGCCGACGCCGAGGCGCACGCCGCGGCCCUUGCGGCCGAGGGCGAGCGCGCGGCGAAGGAGGCGGCGAAGGACGCGGCGCGGCAGCUGGCAGCCGCGCGCCGCGAGUGCCGACAGGCCGAGCGCUGCGCGGUGGCGGCGGAGGAGGGCGCCGCCGGCGUCAAGACACAGCUGGCCGAUGCGCGGCGCGAGGCCGAGGGGCAGGGCAAGGCGCUGGCCGCCGCGCAGCGCGAGGCCGAGGCGAAGAGCGCCGCGCUAGCCGAGGUGCGGCGUGAGGCAGAGGGGCAGGGCGCGGCGCUGGCAGAGGCGCAGCGCGAGGCCAAGGCGAAGAGCGCGGCGCUUGCCGAUGCGCAGCGCGACGCUCAGGCGAAGAGCGCGGCGCUCGCGGAGGCGCGGCGCGAGGCGGAGGCACAGGGCGCGGCGCUUGCGGGGGCGCAGCGCGAGGCCGAGGCUGUUCGCCAGCAGCUGGCCGCGGGCCGGCGGGAUGCCGCCGUGCGGGAGCAGCAGUUUGCCGAGGAGUCGCGGGCGCAGGGCGCAGCGAUGGCCGACGUGCGGCGCGAGCGCGACUCGCUGCGCAAGCAGCUGAAGCAAGCUGAGGCUGAGUCAUCGGCGCAGGGCGCCGCGGCUGAGCGCAGCAUUUCAGCUCUGCAGGCGAGUCUGGCCGCACUCCAGGGGCAGCUGGCCGGCCGUGAUGCCGCCCGCGAGGCGGCGGAGAGGGCGGCGGGCGCCGCGCAGGCUGAGGCGGCCGCGGCCGAGGCGCGCGCGGCCGCGGGUGAGGCUGCGGCGCGGCGCGAGCGCGAGGCGCACGAGGCCAUGCAGAGCAGGGUGGCAGGGAUCGCGGCAGCUCUCUCUGCCGCCCAUGACGCUCUCAAGGCCAAGGCCGAGGGCUUUGCCGCCGCUGUGGCGGGCGCUAAGCGGGGCCAGCGCGAGCGCAGCACCGCCCAGAAGGCGUCGCUCGGCGCGGCGCGGCUGGCGGCAGCGGCCAAGGCGGAGGCGGGGGAGUGGAAGAUGAAGACCGCGGCGCUGCAGGCAAGCCUGCAGGCGGCCGAGGCGCGCGGCGACCAGCUGCUCGGAAUCUGCGGCGCGCUCGCGGGCAAGUGCGCCGCGGCCAAGGCUGCGGCGGCGGCGGCCGAGGAGCGGGCGGCCGCCAGCGCGGCGGACGCAGAGCGCCAGCGCGCCGCGGCCGACGCGGCCGACGCUAAGGCGGCGACGGCUCAGCAGUUGGCAAUGGCGGCGCAGGUGACAAUGGCCCUGUUCGGGCGGCGCUUCCGCAGCGCCACAAAUGAGGUGGUGCGCGGCAGGCGCGCCCGCAACGCCAGCCACCGGGCGGCGCUGGCGGCGGCGCGCCAGGAGGCGGAGCAGGCCAGGGCGGAGGCUGCCGCCGCCAAGGCUGAGGCGGCCGCGGCCGCGGCCGCGCUGCCGUCCUCAUGGCUGGAGGGGCGCCGGCUGGAGCGCGCCUGCAGCUCGGGCGGCCGCCGGCUGGCCCGCAGCAGCACCAGCAGCAGCGCCGGCAGCGGCGCGGUCGGCACUCCUGGUGGCUCCGACCGCCGCCGCUCGCGCGGCCUGCUUGGCGGCGGCGGCAGCAGCGGCAGGAGCAGCGACAGUGGCCUGGGGGCCGGCCCCGUGCCGGCGUGCGGCGCCUCGGCCGGCGACCACGGCCAGCAGCCGCAAGCGCCGCAGCAGGGGCCGGCCGCGCUGCGGGGGCCGGCGCAGGCCAAGGGUGGCAGGGGCGGCGGCCUCAAGGCGAUAAUUAAGGCCACCUUCCACGGCUGCUUCGGCCGCAGGAAGGCGAAGGCAGACGCGGCCUGA